AUGUCCGUUGAAAUCUGGCCUCCCGUCGCGCCAGACCAGCUUAAAGUCGCGGUCGCGGCGACCGAGAAACGCGAACUCGACUGGCUCAUCGACGAACUCCACGAAACCUUCACGAAUCUCAACCAUGGUCUCGAAGACUGCUAUGCGCUGCUUGCGCCGAUCGACCCGGGGAGCACCUUGGUGCUUAGCACACCAAGGAAUGAGAUUGUCAAGGGGCAUGUGACUCGGAUCGGGACACGAAUAGUCAAAGGGACAAUCCAUAUCCGCCUCCGUACAUUCCCUCACCAAACCCUCACCAUUAAUCCCGACCAUCCCAUCCAUCUCGCCCCGCUCACCACCCUCCACUCCCUCCUCACCCACUCCAUCGAGCUCUUCAACUUCACCCUCUCCUACUUAUACCCUUCCAAAACCCCCCACACCCCCUUACCAUCCGACGUCUCCCCCGCUCAGUUUCUCUCCGACCAAUUCCGUCUCCUCGCCCAAUCCCUCGCCGAAGCCUCCGCCCUCCUCCGCGGCCCCUCCGACAAACUUUCCGACGAUACCUGGACAACCCGCUCAGCCGCACCCUCACAUUUCCUCCCUCCCCUCCAACCGCCCGACGCCAACUCCUCCCACCCCUCCCUAAGCUUCCACCUCGGCAUCGAGGACUCCUCCCUCGUCCUCUGGCUGCGUACCCUCGAGCCAGCCGAUGCACCCCUGAACUUCGGCACAAAACUCGCGCUGGCGAUCGGCACCGCCCGUCGCCUCGAACACGACGAGACAGAAAAAGUAUUCGGAUACUGUUGCGUAGACGAUGACCACCACCACGAGCACCGCCGUUCUCCGGACGUCCCCGCCUCCGCCAGCACCGUUACAGAGACAUCCGCAUCCAACCCCGCCGCAGCCCCCAUUCCCCUCUCCGGCACACGCGACAAGAACAAAAACAAGCCCAAAUCCACCGAAGUAUUCGUCCGUGAGAAACUGCGCGUCGAGAGCGCCGAUCCCAGUUUACUAUCGCUAUCUUCGAAACUGACCGCGUUGAGCCAUACGCUAGCGUUGGCAAGGCGGAAUUUGAGCGCCGUGCUGGGUGAGGAGGUGGAUGAUGAUCUUCUUCUUGAUACCCUCCAGGAGCCCUCAUCCUAA